AUGGCUGCUGCCUCAGACGGCAUUGCAAGUGUCAGGGAUCCCGCGGAGUCUGCGGGGUGCAUCGGCGACGCCAACCUGGAUUUCAUCGUCGACGGCUCGCCACGUGACCCCGACUCCUCGUCGCGCCCUUCUUCCUCCUUGAUGGCAGCCUUGGUACCUGGCAGCUUUGGCCUUCGUAACGCAAAAAAUCGGGCAGACGACAAGCGGUACGCUUUUUUGUUCUGGAUCGGGAGCCUCGGGAGUGGGGCGACUUCGGCAUCUUUGGCGCCCACACAAGCGCGACAUCGGCUGCUGCUUUGUGCGCUGCGAUGGCCACCGGCUCACGGUCGCACCGUGUCCAUCGUUUCAAACCGCGCCCGACAACCAGCGUUUGCGGGUCGUUGA